AGGGGCGUGCGGCACACACACUGGUCGGGCUACUCGGCAGAUCAACAAUCGUCAACCUGUGGAUAGCGCGCAGCGCCCUGCUGUGUCCUCCACUGCCACCCUCUUCCCUGUGGCGCCGACCCCGAACCUCGGACAUCCGGGACGCACGAACCGGGAGAUGGUGCCGGUUCGAUUCCCUAAAAGUUGAGCGGCUCGUGCGCCAUCCCCGCUUCAUGAAUGGCCGGAACAUGGAGGAGAUGUCAUUCGAAAGAGUCAAGACGCGGCGGAGGAAGGGUCACUGCCCGGCCGGUGCACCCUUGGGUGCCAUCGCCUGCGAGGACGAGUUCAACAGCCAGGAGCUGGAGGCUCUCUUCCAGAACUACAACCUGAAACUAGAGCAGACCGCCACCCUCAAAGCGCUGGCUGUGCUCAUCGUGGCCGCGUCGUCGCUGUCCCUCGUAGAGCUGCUGUCCAGCCCGCGUCUCACCUUGUCCAAGGGCUCCAGCCCGGUGCACUGCGUGGUGUUCCUGUCGCUGUUCAUCGUCACCAAUGUCAAGUACCUGCAGGUGACGCAGCUGCAGCAGAUAGCGAAGCUGGCCCUGCUGUUCAGCUUCACCUUCGCACUGCUCUGUUGCCCGUUCCCGCUGGCUUUGGGCACGUCGGAGCUGGUGAAUCCCGCUGCCCCCGAGCAAGGCGUGUGGCAGCUCAUGCUGGUCACUCUAGUGGCUUACGUGCUGCUGCCGGUGCGGACCCUGCUGGCCGUGCUGUUCGGGGUGAUGCUGGCGGCAUCCCACUUCAUCGUCAUUGCCACGUCGGUGACGGGGAGGAAGCAGAGGCUAUGGAGACCACUGGUGGCCAACGCCGUGCUCUUUACCAGUGUCAACUUGUCAGGGGUGUUUGUGAGGAUUUUCACUGAACGCACCCAGAGGAAAGUUUUCCUGCAGGCCCGCAACUGCAUCGAGGAGCGGCUGAGGCUGGAGGACGAAAACGAGAAGCAGGAGCGUCUACUAAUGAGCCUACUGCCCAGGAAUGUUGCCAUGGAGAUGAAGGAGGACUUCCUGAAGCCGCCUGAGAGGAUCUUUCAUAAGAUCUACAUCCAACGUCAUGACAAUGUCAGCAUCCUGUUUGCAGACAUUGUGGGUUUCACCAGCUUGGCUUCUCAGUGUACAGCUCAGGAACUGGUCAAGCUGCUCAAUGAACUCUUUGGGAAGUUUGAUGAACUGGCUACAGAGAAUCACUGCAGGCGCAUAAAGAUACUGGGGGACUGUUACUACUGCGUGUCGGGACUGACACAACCCAAGGCGGACCAUGCCCACUGCUGUGUAGAAAUGGGCCUGGAUAUGAUUGAUACCAUCGCGUCGGUGGUGGAGGCCACAGAGGUGGAUCUGAACAUGCGGGUAGGCCUGCACACAGGACGGGUGCUGUGUGGCGUGCUGGGCCUGAGGAAAUGGCAGUAUGAUGUCUGGUCAAACGAUGUCACACUGGCGAAUGUGAUGGAGGCUGGAGGGCUGCCUGGCAAGGUGCACAUCACAAGGACCACCCUGGAGUGUUUGAACGGAGACUAUGAGGUGGAACCGGGCUUUGGCCACGAGAGACAUGCCUUCCUACAGAAGCAUCACAUAGAAACGUUUUUCAUCGUGCCAUCACACAGACGGAAAAUCUUUCCUGGUAUUAUUCUAUCAGACAUCAAACCAGCCAAGAGGAUGAAGUUCAAGACAGUGUGCUACCUGCUUGUGCAGCUCAUGCACUGUAGGAAGAUGUUCAAGGCCGAGAUCCCCUUCUCCAAUGUCAUGACCUGUGAGGAUGAUGACAAGCGGAGAGCCUUGCGGACUGCAUCGGAGAAGCUGAGGAAUCGGACGUCUUUCUCAGCCACUGCCGUGCAGCACUCGCCAGGAACGCGAGUCAACCGCUACAUUGGGCGGCUCAUCGAAGCGCGUCAGACCGAGUCCGAGACAUCAGACCUCAACUACAUCACCCUGUUCUACAGGAGCAGAGACAGGGAGCGCAGGUAUCAUCAGGUAUAUGAUGACCAGUUCAUCAGUGCUGUGGUUCUUUCUCUGAUCCUUGCUGCCCUCUUUGGCCUUAUCUACCUACUAAUGAUCCCACAGGGGAUGCUGGUGCUGCUGCUGUUGGUGCUGUGUGUGUGUUUCCACGUGGCCUGUGUCAUGUACCUUCAUCUCACCAGUGUUCAGUGCCAACCAGGCUGCCUCACCAUCCAGAUCCGAACAGUGCUGUGUGUCUUCCUCGUUUUGCUCACCUACUCUGUUACCCAGGCCUGUGUGGUGGGUUGUGUUCCCUGGGGUAAAGUUGGGACAAACUCCAACCGCUCUGUGGAGAACAUCCCCGUAGACGCUCUCAUGGUUAGAUCUGCUAACACCACAGCAACGGACCGGGCUUGUCCCAACAUGGCCUACGCCUUACUAUCCUGUGUGGCGGGGACCCUCACCGUGAUCCCUUACAUUCGUGUCUCCUCGCUCCCCAAGAUCGUCCUCCUCUUUCUACUCUCCAUCACAUAUACAGUUGUCAUGGAGACCAGUGGUUACCGUCAAGCUGUGGGUGGUGGCUUUCUGCACACACGGGGCUAUGACCCUGUUUUGGCAGUGUUGCUGUUUUCUGGAGCCCUGGCUCUGCAUUCAAGACAACUGGACCUUAAAUUGCGACUUGACUAUCUCUGGGCAACUCAGGCGGAGGAGGAGAGAGACGACAUGGAAAAAGUGAAGCUGGACAACAAGAGGAUCCUGUUCAACCUGCUGCCAGCUCACGUGGCUCAACACUUCCUGAUGUCAAAUCCCAGGAACAUGGAUCUGUACUACCAGUCGUACGCUCAGGUCGGAGUGUUGUUCGCCUCUAUCGCCAACUUUAAUGACUUCUACAUCGAGCUGGAUGGAAACAACAUGGGAGUUGAGUGUCUGAGGCUGCUCAAUGAGAUCAUCGCUGACUUUGAUGAGCUCAUGGAUAAAGAGUGUUACAGGGACAUUGAGAAAAUUAAGACCAUUGGCAGUACAUACAUGGCUGCAGUUGGGCUGGUUCCUACAACUGCUUCAAAGGCGAAAAAGUCCAUCACCUCACAUUUAUGCACCGUGUCAGAUUUUGCCAUCGAGAUGUUUGAUGUCCUGGAUGCUAUCAACUACCAGUCUUACAAUGACUUUGUCCUGAGAGUAGGCAUCAAUGUGGGCCCAGUGGUGGCAGGAGUGAUCGGAGCCCGGAGGCCACAGUAUGACAUCUGGGGAAACACAGUGAAUGUAGCCAGCAGGAUGGACAGCACCGGAGUACAAGGAAAGAUACAGGUAACAGAGGACGUCUAUCGCCUCAUCACCAAUUACUACAAUUUUGUGUGCCGUGGCCAGGUCAGCGUGAAGGGCAAAGGUCAGAUGCUUACAUACUUCCUGGAGGGGCGCAGACAAGGCAGCAGGCCAUCUCAAACCCAGCAACAGCCUGGCAACGGUGAACGCCGGGCCAGUGCGUUCGCCCAUGGCAGUGUGUGCACCAGGCUUAGCCCCGCUCCGACGGUGACCACCUACGCCGCUAUGAGGACCCCAAGCCCAAGUGUGGCUAAACCAACCACAUCCACCAGCACCACCAGGUACCUGCCCUCUGUUCCCACAGCAGUGGUGUGAAGGGCACUGUCUCCAUUGUGACUACGAAAAAAUAAGAAUGUAAGAGUGGAGGUGGGUGAGUAACACAGAUGGCUGUAGCAGAAAAAGGCUAUUUAAAGAGGAAAGGUUGUUCUCCACUCUUCUUCUUCUGUCUGUGGAAGGCAGGGAGGCUGAGACAUUGAUCAUCCAAUGGGAAGCCCGGAUUCGGGCCUGAAGCCUGGAGCCUGAGGCGUCCUCGAUCAGACUGUCCCUCCACAUUCGAACCCUGUUUGUUGUUUCACACAGCGGGAUGUCAUGAACAGGAUACAGGAUGCUUUAGCCACGUCGCUCUGUCAUCAAUCAAAGGCCAAGGAUGUCUCCAGGAUUUCAUAGCCGACUGCCAAAAAACUGGAUCCACCACUACGAUAAACUAAAUAAGCAUAAAAAUAAAAACACAUCGCAAUGCACAAUUGAAAGUGUAGCACGCAAGCCUUUCACUACAACUGUGUCCCGAAAUCUAACAACGUUAGCUGACCCUUUUCUCCCCGUCUAAAACCAAAACAGUGCUGUUGCCUUAGCGACCACUCCUCACAAUGAGAUUUUUGCCAUUUUUUUUUGUUGCCUUUUAGAUCCUUUAUAGAUUGAUUUAUCAGAUUAAUUCAUUUUAGGGGCAUCAUUGUCCUAGAGACAACAGUGUUUAAAGUGGUUGAAGCCAAUUGUGGAAUUUUAGAUGGCAGUUAAUGACACGAACUUGCCAAAAUACAACAAGGCGUUGCCUUUGACCAUUUGUGGGUGGUUGAUGCUGUACGCUUAAUUUCUGCCCCUUUGCUGAACCCCUCGUACACAAGGCAAGCUCUUGAUUCAGUGAGCCGAGCUGCUCAGCGUCUUUAAGUGCAUGAUGCCACUGCUGCAUUUCAGUCAUGUGUGCUGUCUGUUUCCCUGUGAUGCUUGACUUCCAGAUUCUUCCUUGUCAAAGUGUAGCAAUAAAGCAGUUUGUCUCCUAUCUCAGCCUAUUCACUCCUUGCAUGCUGUAGCCAGCUGGAUCCUACUUUGACCUGAUAGUGUUUGUAGCCAAUAGAGUGUGCAUAGCUAGCCACACCAGUCUGUAUCUGUGGAGUUGAAGCAUGAAUUAGAAAACCUAUUUUUAGUAUUGUGCGAGUGUGAUUCCUUCUUCCUCAAUGAAUUAUAUUUAAAAAAAGAGAACUUUUUUUCUGUGUGCUUGUUUACAAAGAAAUAUUUUCUAGUGUUGAAAAAUAUUCUGUUCUACUAUUUUUAUGAACUCGAAGCUGCUUUGGAAAGGGGGGAAAAAAAGAAACCUUCUGUUUAUGAGGAGAUUCCCACAAACCUCUGUGUCUGGAUUCCUCAUGCAAACCCAGAUGAUUUAUUUUACGGUAUAGCAUGCUACUCACAGUACGGCUUACCACAGCCAUUAACUUUCCUCUAAUCUGUACGAGCAUGCACUGCCUGGAAGCCUGCGGAUCAAACAUGCAUGCUUUGAUGAAGCACUAAUGCAGGCGGAGCAGCGGACACACGUUGACUGUGUUUUAUUAUAGUCCUCAUGCAUGCGCUAAAGGUAGCGGUCCUCUUGAAUGUAAGGUGCUUAAUUGACCCGUGUCUUCUUCAUGAGCUUGGUGUGCAAACCUUUUUGAGGACAUAUUUCAGGAUAGAUAGACUUCAGGCCUGGGGGGAGAGGUUCCUCCUCCUCCUCCCUGCUCCUGCUGUAAUCAACAGGUAGCUGGUUUUCUAAUGUGCCAACCUAUUUUCAUAAACAUAUCAGACUUUUUCGUGUUGAGCUGUAGCACAACUGAAUGCGUUGCUACGGUUAUUGUGGAUUUUCUUUUGUUGGAUGCCUGUAUUUUUACUGUUCGAGCUGAUUGAGUUUUGUUACUCAAAACGAUGGCAAGUGUCGAUUUUGAUCAGAUUUAUUUGGAACCUGACAGAAAUUACGUUGGACUUAUAAUAUUUAAAAUAGAUUUUAAAUCUAUAUGGUAGCUUGAGUGCUUAAUUUAAGUUUGUAAGAGGUUUAAAAUGAGGAUUUUUUAUACACUUGCUUUAAACAAUUAAUUGAAAGUUGAUGAAAAGGAAUUGUGUACAAUAUUUUUCCUGUAAAUUGGAUAUUUUCAUACUGUAUGAUACGGGUUUCAAUUGUUAUAUGUAGGUAUUACUAGCUAUUAUUGUACAUUGUAGAGAUAUAUUAUGGAUGAUACAAUAUUUGUCAAGUUCUUUUGUUGAAGAUGUAUUUAUUGAGAUGUUUUAUGUGAAUGUAAAUUUUGGUAAAGAAAAUAUUUUAUACUAAAAUAUAAGUGUUUGCACUGCAAUUAUAUUGACGUACGAUGAUUAUGAAGAAUAAAGCCAGUGGAGAUGUGUCUCCUGGACUAAGAA